CGGAGGAGCAGGACGCGGGGCCGGGACAGAGCUCGGCUCUGGGAAGAAGCCGGGAGCUUCCCUGAUGGUGCCGCCGCCUCCGAGCCGGGGAGGAGCUGCCAGGGGCCAGCUGGGCAGGAGCCUGGGUCCGCUACUGCUGCUCCUGGCGCUGGGACACACGUGGACCUACAGAGAGGAGCCGGAGGACGGCGACAGAGAAAUCUGCUCAGAGAGUAAAAUCGCGACGACUAAAUACCCGUGUCUGAAACCUACAGGCGAGCUCACCACAUGCUACAGGAAAAAGUGCUGCAAAGGAUAUAAAUUUGUUCUUGGACAAUGCAUCCCAGAAGAUUACGACGUUUGUGCCGAGGCUCCCUGUGAACAGCAAUGCACAGACAACUUUGGCCGAGUGCUGUGUACUUGUUAUCCGGGAUACCGAUAUGACCGGGAGAGACACCGGAAGCGGGAGAAGCCAUACUGUCUGGAUAUUGAUGAGUGUGCCAGCAGCAAUGGGACGCUGUGUGCCCACAUCUGCAUCAAUACCUUGGGCAGCUACCGCUGCGAGUGCCGGGAAGGCUACAUCCAGGAAGAUGAUGGGAAGACGUGUACCAAAGGAGACAAAUAUCCCAAUGACACUGGCCAUGAGAAGUCUGAGAACGCGGUGAAAGCUGGAACUUGCUGUGCCACGUGCAAGGAGUUCUACCAGAUGAAGCAGACCGUGCUGCAGCUGAAGCAAAAGAUUGCGCUGCUCCCCAACAAUGCAGCUGACCUGGGCAAGUAUAUCACCGGUGACAAGGUGCUGGCCUCAAACGCCUACCUUCCUGGACCUCCUGGCCUGCCGGGGGGCCAGGGCCCACCCGGCUCACCAGGACCAAAGGGAAGCCCAGGCUUCCCCGGUAUGCCAGGCCCUCCUGGGCAGCCCGGUCCACGGGGCUCAAUGGGACCCAUGGGACCAUCUCCUGAUCUGUCCCACAUUAAACAAGGCCGGAGGGGCCCUGUGGGUCCACCAGGUGCACCAGGAAGAGAUGGUUCUAAGGGGGAGAGAGGAGCGCCUGGGCCCAGAGGGUCUCCAGGACCCCCUGGUUCUUUCGACUUCCUGCUACUUAUGCUGGCUGACAUCCGCAAUGACAUCACCGAGCUGCAGGAAAAGGUGUUCGGGCACCGGACUCACUCUUCAGCAGAGGAGUUCCCUUUACCUCAGGAAUUUCCCAGCUACCCAGAAGCCAUGGACCUGGGCUCUGGAGACGACCACCCAAGAAGAACUGAGACAAGAGACUUGAGAGCCCCCAGAGACUUCUAUCCAUAGCACAUCCCAACACCGUCAUGCCAAAGGAAGAGAAAGAUCAACUCACCUGCAGUUAAACCAUCUAAAGAGAAAAAAACACCACUGGAGACCUAGAAAACAUACAUUUUUCUCUUCUCUUCUCCUGACAUCUCUCUAUUCCUCUUCUUCCAGAUACAAUACUAUUUUCAGAGUCCCCUCCUAGGCCUGCAGACACAUGGGAGUGAAUGAUUGAUUUACCUGCUUCUUACUAAGGGUUCAUUGGAGUGGUUUGCAUUGUAACUUUUCAUUUACGUCCUAUUUUUCCAGGAACUUUGGAUUUUAGGUACUCUCACAGUGUCUUAAAUCAUAAAUUCUUCAAGUUAAAUUUGGCAGAGUAUCAAAAGGGAAAAUGGCAAAGUGAGCUCUAAGAAAAUGUGAGGCUACUUCUAAGAUGUGUAUUCAGAAUAGACUGUAACUCCUCUAGUAUCAAAAUUAGGGCUCUUCAGUUAACAAGGGGUGGAGAGGACAAACGUGUAGAUGUACUUUGGUGGAGAAUUCUUUUUCCUUGUGCUUCCAGUAGAUUUUAAAUAUUGUCUGCCCUUGUCAAACGUUUCCCAAAUUCAAUUAAAGAGAGGAGAGAACUGAAUGACAUUUAGAGAAGAUAGAAAAGAAUUGCAGUCAUAUAUUUACUGUUACAUAGAUUGCCACAUUCUAAAAUUCAAAUAUGGUGCUUAAGGUUUCAUGCCAUGCUUAUCUGUAAGUAUCCUAUUUAGGGAAGAAGAUUAAAUCCUCUUUUCAAAAAACAAAGUGAAAUGCCUGGAUUCACAUUAAAACAGUGGGCUCUGGUUUGCUAGAAUAUUUUAAAGCUGUUUAAUCAAGAGUGGAGCCUGCUGUAUACAUCACAGAUUAUUUGUUCAAUAAAGUGGCUGACCUUAGAGAGAGGCACAGAAUUCCUGGUUCUGAGCAGGUGCCCAGAAGGUGCCAUUAGGUGCCAUGAUCCAGGCUGAACCAAUACACAGUGGGGCUGAAGGCCGCAAGGAAGUUGCUGGCUUGGGUUGACCUCACUAACGCCAUCAGCAGCAGUAGGUAAAUUUGCCCUCCUUGGGUGUUACAAGUUUUUGUCUGGAGCCAACCAAGCUUGCCACCAACAUAUUGAGAAUAAUACACUAUUGAAAGUUAUCUUGGAUGGGGAGAAAAAAAACCAGUAGUUUUCCUUGUUUGCAAAAACUUCCUUCCUAUUCCCAUUUUUUCCUUCUUUCAUUUAGUCCAAGUUCCAGUUCUUUCAGGCAUUCUCUUUGAUUUCUUUUCCCCUGCAUGUGAGAAGCAGUUCAGAGAAGGGUCUAUUUCUCCACCUCCUAGUGAGUUAGAGUGUUUUCUCAGGGCACCUCUGGGUCCCAAAGGGAAGCAUGUUCCUGCCAAGGUUUGUUGUGCAUUCAGAAGCACCAGGAGCAAGAGACCAGAAGGAUGAUCUGCUCCUUUGUAACGUUGUUGAGGGCCCUCUUGGUUCCAAUGAGCAGCUUAUAAGUUACUCACAGUCCACUUUCUCAUUGGACACACAAAGUGGCUGUUCAUCUGCCUUUGCGGGAGACUUUCACUCUUCUAUUGAGCUUCACAAAUGAUCGUUCUCACACUCUCAUGCGCUCAUGUUGGAAUUUCCCAUCCUGCCACGUCCUUUCCUAUUUCUUUUUGGCUUUUUUGCCUCCACCUUUCAGCCCACAUCAUUUAACUCCACUACUGUGAAAGCUUGCUUAAAGAAAAUCCCUCUUGGCUGGGCAUGGUAGCCCACGCCUCUAAUCCCAGCCCUUUGGGAGGCUGAGGCGGGCAGAUCACAAGGUCAGGAGUUCGAGACCAGCCUGACCAACAUGGUGAAACCCCGUCUCUACUAAAAAUACAAAAAUUAGCUGGGCAUGGUGGUGCAUGCCUGUCAUCCCAGCUACUCAGGAGGCUGAGGCAGGAGAAUUGCUUUAACCCGGGGGCAGAGCCAAGAUUGCGCUACUGCACUCCAGCCUAGGCAACAGAGCAAGACUCUGUC